UCAUUUACCGAGUUCGUUCAGUACAGAUCCCUUUGGACUUGUUGAUUUGAGCUCCAAUCUCUUCUAUGGUUCCAUUCCUCUUCCAGUUGCUGGUGUCAGUUUACUUGAUCUUUCAAAUAACCAUUUCUCAGGCCCUCUACCUGAAAAUAUUGGUCAUAUCAUGCCAAACAUAAUUUUCCUUUCUCUUUCCGAAAACAAUAUAACAGGUGCAGUCCCAGCCUCGAUCGGAGAGUUGUCAUCACUUGAGGUCGUUGAUCUUUCGCUGAAUAGUUUGACAGGAAGAAUUCCUCUGAGCAUAGGGAAUUAUUCUUCCCUCAGGGUACUAGACAUUCAGGACAAUACUUUGUCUGGUAAGAUUCCAAGAUCCUUAGGCCAGCUAAAUUUGCUCCAGACACUUCAUUUAAGCAGCAACAGGUUGUCAGGAGAAAUCCCUUCAGCUCUUCAGAAUUUGUCAAGUCUUGAAACUCUAGACCUCACAAAUAACAGGUUGACAGGAAUUAUUCCACUUUGGAUCGGAGAAGCUUUCCCACAUCUCAGAAUACUUACCUUGAGGUCAAAUACAUUUCAUGGAGAGCUUCCCUCAGGACAUUCAAAUUUGAGUUCCUUGCAAGUAUUGGAUCUGGCGGAAAACGAGUUGAAUGGCAGAAUUCCUUCAAGCUUUGGUGAUUUUAAAGCCAUGGCUAAACAGCAAUAUAAAAACCAUUAUCUGUACUAUGGGCAUAUCAGAUUCGUUGAAUCACAAGCAUUCUUCCAAGAAAACAUAGUUGUGAACAUGAAUGACCAGCAUCUACGAUAUACCAAGACUCUUUCCCUGCUAACUAGCAUAGACCUUUCAAGAAACAAGUUAAGUGGGGAGAUUCCUGAAACAAUAACUAAAUUGGCUGGCUUGUUGGCUUUGAAUUUGUCAAACAACAACAUCAGGGGACAGAUUCCCAAGAACAUUUCAGAAUUGCAGCAGCUGUUAUCUCUUGAUCUUUCAAGCAAUGAGCUUUCAGGUCCAAUUCCAUCAAGCGUGUCUUCAAUGGCAUUCUUGUCAUCCUUGAAUUUCUCAAACAAUAACUUGUCAGGUGCAAUCCCUUAUACAGGUCAUAUGACAACCUAUAGUGCAUCUUCUUUCGCUGGAAAUCCUGGUCUAUGCGGUCUUCCCCUUACAGUAAGUUGUCCACAUAACGAUCCAAUAACUGGUGGAGAGACUGCUGAAGCUAGCAAUGCUGAUGAAUUCGCUGACAAGUGGUUUUAUUUAAUCAUUGGGAUAGGAUUUGCAGCAGGUGUGUUGCUUCCUUAUCUUGUUUUUGCAAUUAGAAGGCCUUGGGGUUACAUAUACUUUGCUUUUGUGGAUAGAGUUGUCAGCAAAUUGUCAAGCUUGAAAGACAGAAAAACUACAAGUAGAUGAAUUAUGCACUGUAAUGCCAUUUCUUUUCUUUUGCUGAUUGCAAACUGAGUUUAUGUUAAAUGAGACAAAUCACUUGAAUUAUUGUCUUGUAAAUGUGCUUAGGAAACAAAAUUGUACUGUAGUUUGACUGUUGCAUCCUAAUCACAUUUAUAUUUUUGCAGCUAUA